UAUUUUGGGCUGGCGAUAUGACGUCAUAAUUAUGCGCCACGCACCUGCGCUUGUUGUGGCUCGGCUGAACAGAGAGAAAAACUCCUGGUGAAGCAACUGAGAUCCACGUGACACAAUUAUAAAGAUGGCCUUUAUUAAAGAAGAGAGUGUAGACAUGAAGAUUGAAGAAACAUUCAGUGUGAAACAAGAAGAAAAUGAGACACAAACAGACCUGAUAGUGCUGAAAGUUGAGAGUCAAGAACUGAAUGAUAUGGAAGAAAAUGACCUUCAUGAGAAACAUCAUGAGUUCAUCACUGGAGAACCUUUUUUUAGCGACUCGCAGACUGAAAAGACUUCCUCACAAAAAACAGGAACUACAAACUUUAAAGUCCACAUGAGAAUUCACACUGGAGAGAGCCCUUUCACCUGCCAACAGUGUGGGAAAAGUUUCUCACUGAAAGGAAAUCUUAAAAAACACAUGAAAAUUCACACCGGAGAGAAGCCUUACACCUGCUUUCAGUGUGGAAAGAGUUUUACACAGAAAAAAAAUCUUGACGCCCACAUGAGAAUUCACACUGGACAGACCCCUUAUACCUGCAAACUGUGUGGGAAGAGUUUUUCACUAAAAGGAAACCUUAAAACUCACAUGAGAAUACACUCCGGAGAAAAGCCAUUCAUAUGCCCUCAGUGUGGAAAAAGUUUUAGACAGAAAAAAAACCUUGAUGCCCACAUGAGAAUUCACACUGGACAGACCCCUUAUAGCUGCAAAAUGUGUGGGAAGAGUUUCUCACUAAAAGGAAAUCUUACAACUCACAUGAGAAUUCACACAGGGGCAAGCCCUUUCACCUGCGAACAGUGUGAAAAGAGCUUCUCGCUAAAAGGAAAUCUUAAAAAACACAUGAAAAUUCACACUGGAGAGAAGCCUUUCACCUGCCCUCAGUGUGGAAAAAGUUUUAGACAGAAAAAAAACCUUGAUGCCCACAUGAGAAUUCACACUGGACAGACUCCUUAUACCUGUAAACUGUGUAAGAAGAGUUUCUCACUAAAAGGAAAUCUUAAAACUCACAUGAGAAUCCACACUGGAGAAAAGCCGUUCAUAUGCCCUCAGUGUGGAAAAAGUUUUAGACAGAAAAACAACCUUAAUGACCACAUGAGAAGUCACACUGGAGAGAGUCCUUACAUCUGCAAACUGUGUGGGAAGAGCUUCUCACGUAAAGAUAGUUUUAGGAUACACAUGAGAAUUCACACUGGAGAGAAGCCGUGUGUAUGUAGUCAGUGUGGAAAGAGUUUCAGAUGUAAAGGUACCCUUAAUCACCAUAUGAAGAUUCACUCAAGAAAGCACUAUUUUAUAUGUCAUCAGUGUGGAAUGAGUUUCCCAGACAGGAAACACCUUAAGAAUCAUGUAAUAACUCACACUGGAGAGAAGCCUUUCAUGUGCCAUCACUGUGGAAAGACUUGCAUAAACAAAUCAAACCUUGAGGUUCACAUAAGGAUUCACACUGGAGAGAAGCCUUUCACCUGCCCUCAGUGUGGAAAGAGUUUCACACGUAAAGGAAACCUUAACAUUCACGUAAGAGUUCACAAAGGAGAGAGGCCUUACAAGUGUCUUCAGUGUGAGAAGAGUUUCACAUUUCACACAAUCCUGAAACGCCAUUUACAAACUCAUUCUGGAAAGAAAUUGCAGUGUUCCUCAGUGUGAAAAUGGAGCAAUUCCAACAAUCACCUGCAAUUCACUUUGGAGGAAAACCAUUUGUGAAAAAAAAUCAUUGCCAUCACACUUACAGAUGCAUAAAAAAACCUCAGGCAAAUGUGAGAGACUAUGGCACCAGAAAAUACAUCUGUGUGAAAUUGAGACUGUUCACGCCACAGCUGAUCGUGGGCCACAUCUGAUUGUCCACCUUCAGGACCACCUCUUUAAAUUUUAUUUUUCUGCUUUUGUAUUUUCUUUUGUGCAUAUGAUCUUCACUGAAGGCCAUCUCCUGCUAUAGUUUAAAAUUCUGUCUUGUACCUGAAAGAUUAUAAAUAAAAGGACAUAAACUGAAUUAAAUAAUUAACAUUGCACUGCAUUAUUUGAUUCAUCUUUAUUGAAUGAAUGCACAGGUUAAUAUGUUUUCAAUCUGGACUUUAAUAUGGCUACUGUUGGGGCUCAUCCGGUGGUAUCUGGAAACUGGUUCCUGCUGUGAUUGUGUAAAAGCUAAACAUUCUACCUGUUUCGCUGCUUAUUUAGUCAAGUCAAUUUCAAUUUACUGUAGUAAUAUCUGGAUUAGUUUACUGACAAUUAUGGAACCCUGGGACUAUCCAGCAAUUUUAUCAGGAAAAAAACAUGGAAAUAUUUUAUUUAUGCUUGGCUAUGAAUUAUAUUUUAUCAGCACAUUUUAUUCUUUGUUGUAUUUCAGGUAGCCUGUAUGUACAUAUAGUUUUGGUGAAAUAAAGAAUCCUAAACAGUUUGCCUUCCUUUUCAUGUUAAAUAAUCAUUAGAGAAAGUCAUUUAAAUCCUAUAAAAGAAUUAAUUCUCCAAACCACUUGUCUUAUGUAUAUCUUGGGCUGAAGGAAGGGGAACACCUUAGGGAUUGGUCACACUAAUACAUUUUUGUUUGAAAACAUCUUUUUCUCACCAUUUUCGCCUCCUGUCCACACUGAGACAGCAUUUUUGUUAUGGAAGACAACUUUUUAAAAACGCUCUCCCAAGUCGAUAAAUUUGAAAACGCUGUUUUUGCGUUGUAGAGUGGACUGUUAAAACAGAGGUAUUUGAAAACGAAGCAUGUUUAGUCAUGUGAUGCAUAUUGUACUCAAAGAUAUCUGUUAGU